GGGAAAAGAGAAAAGGGAAAAGUCCUCCAUCUCUGUUCCUGUCUCGGUUCUGUCUGAAAGACUGAAACUUGAUAGUUUAAUUGGUUCAAAGCCAAAAACGCAAAGUGGGUUCUUUAAUGAAGAGGAAAGGCAUCCAUGGCUUUUAGUUGCGUUCAUUCAAUAAGUUAUCCGUUCUCUCCAUGGGCCGAAAACAAGGUUCGAAGAAAUGAAGUGGCUUUUUUAUUGGAUUCUGGGUUUUCAAUUUGCAGAAUUUCCUACGUAAAGUGUUCCCAAAAGUUGGGUGAACAAUCACUGGGCAUUUCAGAGGCUGUUGAGAAGAAACCAGUGAAGAAGGUGGGAAAGAAUGAGCAUCACUUGUGGAAGAAAAGAGAUUCAGCUGGCUCAGGACAAAAGGCUCUCAAUCUUGUUAGAAUUAUUUCUCAACUUCCCAAUGAGAAAGAGGCUGUUUAUGGAGCAUUGGAUAAAUGGACAGCUUGGGAGACUGAGUUCCCAUUGAUUGCAGCAGCUAAGGCUUUACGAAUUUUGAGGAAGAGGAGCCAAUGGCUGCGUGUAAUUCAAGUGGCAAAGUGGAUGUUGAGCAAAGGCCAAGGGGCAACAAUGGGAACAUAUGACACCCUUCUACUGGCAUUUGAUAUGGAUAAGAGAGUAGAUGAGGCUGAAUCCUUAUGGAACAUGAUUUUGCAUAUACACACCCGUUCUAUCUCAAAGCGAUUGUUUUCUAGGAUGAUCUCUUUAUAUGAUCAUCAUAACAUGCAAGAUAAGAUAAUUGAGGUUUUUGCAGACAUGGAGGAGUUGUGUGUAAGACCAGAUGAAAACACAGUCAGGAAAGUGGCCCGUGCCUUUCAGAAACUUGGCCAAGAAGACAAGCAGAAGUUGGUUCUUAGAAGAUACCUGAGUAAAUGGAAGUACAUUCACUUUAAUGGUGAGCGCGUCAGAGUGACAAGAUAUGAAUCAGAUGAAGAUUGAUGUUCGAUCUAUUGAAUGGAGCUCUCUUAGCAUUCAAUGACAUGAUAUGAUGCCUAUAUCUAUUGCACUGGGCCUUGCCAAUUAGGAAUAUGAAUUCAUGGGUGUAGCAACAAGCCAUCUACGUAUGCGCUUUCCCCAUGAUAAGGAGCUCACCCUUGAAUGUUAUUUAAAUAUUUACAUCAUUUCUGGUGGGUUGUGCCUACCACUUAAGCAUAGAGGUUGGGGGCCUGUUCUUCAGUUGUCUGGGGUAUGUAUGCAGGGGUUAAAAGCAAAGAAAAAAACAAAGAAGAGGGGGGAAGGGAAGGGAGGCCAAAAUAAUUUUCGCUGUUAAUUUAAAACAUAGUUUUAUACUCAUCAGUGGUUCAAAUGAUUUUAAAACUCAUAAAGCUGCAACAAAUAUAAUUCUUGUAGAAGAGAAUGUUUCUACUUUGAAUUUUGGGGUAAUCAGUUAAUUUCUGUGAAUGCCUGUGACUGUGAGGUAGUAGUCAUCACAAAGUUGUAGGAUGGCUGACUACCAGAUGUUGAAUGACGAUUGUAAUGGCUGCUAAGGCAGUGUUGUAGUGGUCGACAAUGGUGGUUUAAUAAUUUUUAAUUUCAGUAAAUGAUUGUUUGGAGUA